AACUUUAUCCAAACUGUGGCUUAAUUCAUAUUUCAUUAUUCAUAAAUGUCAAAAAUUCAACAGAAUUAAAAAAAAGAUUAUUAUCUCAUGAUUCAGAAUUAAGUUAUGUUAGAGUGGUACUUGAUAAAUUUCAAUUAUUAAUAGCGAUAAAUGAUGCUGUCCAUUAUGAAAAUCUUGGAUUAUUAAAAACUCAUAAUAUAAGUGAAUCAUUAAGAAGAUUGGGAUCUCAGGUUCAUCUGAUACAAUAUUAA